AUGAAAGAAAGAGAAGAGAAAAAGGCUAAGCUGGAGAGGGAAGAGAAGAAAAGAGAUCACCAAGCUCGAAAGAUGCAUUACCUCCUCAGCACAAAGCAGAUUCCAGGUAUCUACAAUUCACCAUUCAGAAGAGAUCCUGAUCCAUGCGAGUUGCGGUUAAAGAAGGCAAGGCCUAUAACACGCCAAAGGCCUAGAGUUGAGCAGGCCUCCUCCACAGACCUUAACAGCUGGCUAGCUUGUACAAGCGCCCGCUCUUUUCCUCGAUCUGAAAUUCUGCCACCUAUUAAUAGGAAGCAAUGUCAGGGGCCCUUCAGAGACAUCGCUGAAGUGUUAGAACAACGCUACAAGCCUUUGGAACCAACGUUGCGGGUGGCAGAACCAAUCAAUGAAAUAACAUUGGCCAGAAAGGAGCUCAAAAGAGGGGAAUGGGUCCAAAGAGUAAACGACAAUGCGUUUUUGCCAUUUUCCUCCUACAAUAAAAAUGAAAAGUAUAUCCCAUCGAUAAAUUCAUCAAGCAAGUAUGGUCCUGUGUGUUGCAAUAAUCAGAGGUCUUCAGAUAGGCCAGAACUAUGGUUCUGUGAUGAUGAUUUCCAAACUGUAUUACCAUCAUUUGAUCUGUUCUCCAAGUAUGGAAAAUUAUAUUCAAAAGCUGGACAAAUUAUAUAA